GUUGCUGAUUGUUUGGGAAACAAAAAAUAGGGAGAUGUUCCUUUCUUGGGAUUUAUCAUCAUGGAUGACGAGGACAAAGCUUUGUUGAGCUGGUGGCAGAAGGCAGUCUUCACGUAUGAUAAUACUGAAAAUGAUCCCACCUCUCGGCUGGAGGCUGCUCGUUUGUUGGCCACAGAGGCGAGACAUUUGACGCUAACUUCAGGGUCGGAAACCUGCCCAUCCACCGUGUCCUGUGGUCGACAUGAUCGAGCCUAUAGUGACCUGGCUGAUAAACAACCACUGAAAGUUCCCAAUCAGAAAUGGUCAUCGUCGCUGAAUGUGGAGCGCGCUGCCCGGACCCCAGCACUGCUUAGACUGCGGGAAGCUAAAGCCCUGCCUCGGCUUACCGUACCUCCACAGUUUGGCAAGAAGCCAGCUGUGGACGACACUGUCAGCGCGGAAGAGUUGCGGCCGUCCUAUUCGAAGCACCGCGCGUACCCCAGAGCUGGACAGCAUGCGGCUGCCACUGGCCCAGAGAGCGGCAUCGGCGGAGGUGGUACUGGUGAUUAUGAUGCGCGUGAUCUGAACAAGCCCAAUACCAAUGGGUUGUUUUCUUCACACGGAUCAUCAUCAGCAUUUCCUGGCAAGAGAAAACCGCCGUAUCAGUCAGUAGGCGGGGGACCUGCCGGUCUUGACUCUGAAGGCCCAGGCUACAAUCAACGUCCACCUGGACAUCGCCCAGACCCCCAGCAGGCCGAGCACCGUACAUCAAGGCAGCAUGCCGGGAUGGAUGCGGCGAAUAAUGGCAACGGCCAGGGUGCGUACUCUCGGCACGGAGGUGCACGCAGUACGCCCAGCACUGCUGGCCGAGCUCCGCCACCGCAGGACGUCGACGACUCCAACCCCUUCAUCACCGCUCACGAUCAACUGGUUAUUGAUCAAAACAACAAGAAGAAUGGUGGAUAUGCAUACGGCAGUAACAAGAGAAGUCUUGGGACAACCAGGCGACCUGGUCCAGGAACGAAGUUUGUCCCGCCAGUUGCGCCGGCCGAUGAUGGUGGCGCGACGGCUCGGAAGAAAUCUUCAGGUGCGUCUUCUGCUGCUGGGAACGACUCUAAGUCCGCCGCCGAGGAGCUCAGCAAGGACGAGCGACUCAGCGGUCUCGAACCACGGAUGAUUGAACUUAUCAUGAAUGAGAUCAUGGAUCACGGUCCUCCUAUCACCUGGAAUGACAUUGCCGGUUUGGAGUUUGCCAAGAAAACCAUUCAAGAGAUCGUCGUGUGGCCCAUGCUAAGACCGGACAUCUUCACCGGGCUGAGAGGGCCACCCAAGGGGAUGCUGUUGUUUGGCCCACCCGGGACUGGAAAGACUCUCAUCGGCAAAUGCAUAGCUAGCCAAGCGGGGGCAACGUUCUUCAGCAUCAGCGCGUCAUCUCUGACAUCGAAAUGGGUUGGUGAAGGUGAAAAGAUGGUGCGAGCCCUGUUCGGCGUGGCACGGUGCCAUCAGCCGGCGGUCAUCUUUAUCGACGAAAUCGACUCACUUCUUUCACUGCGCUCCGAUUCGGAGCAUGAAUCGUCGCGACGUAUAAAAACCGAAUUCCUCGUUCAGCUGGAUGGUGCAACAACGAUAUCAGAAGACCGUCUGCUGGUUGUCGGAGCGACUAACCGGCCUCAAGAAAUCGACGAGGCUGCACGCCGUCGCCUUGUCAAACGUCUGUACAUUCCACUGCCGGACUGCGGUGCUCGUCAGCAGAUUGUCCUGCGUCUGCUCAGCAAGCAGAUGAAUAGCGUCACGGACGACGAAGCUUCCAUCAUUGCCGAGCUGACCGACGGGUACUCUGGUGCCGACAUGACCGAGCUGUGCCGCGAAGCUGCGCUAGGCCCCAUCCGGAGCAUUCGCGUCGACGACAUCCAGUGCAUCUCUGCCGACCAGGUUCGGCCCAUCAGUCACUCCGACUUUGUCGACGCCGUCAAGCACGUGCGUGCCAGCGUAGACCAGAAGGACCUGGGCUUGUACAUCGACUGGAACAAGCGUUUCGGCUCUGGCACGUGGUAGAGUGGCCAUUCCCGCUUUUUAUCGUGAUGUAAGUUGGUCAGUGAACGUGUGCGUACUCAUCCACGCACUCGCGUACAUGUAUACCUGUGUCGUGCAGAGCGCAACUAUAGUACUCUGGCUGACCAGCAACCAUACGAGUGCACCUAUAGUGAUCUGGCUGACCAGCAAUCGCACCAGUGCACUCGUCUUACAUUGCUGCAUCGCCCUUUUUGUCUUGUUCUUUUCGCAUCUACGGAUUCCCAAUGCCCGCUGCUGGCUUCCCCUGCUUGCUGAUAAAAUUCCCUUCCAAGUGUCAUUUCAGUUCCCUUCUAUACAGUUGAAAUCUGUGCUCAAACAUUAACCCCAUCCAUCCGCUAAGAAACGCGACGGCACGAAAUCUUCAUCGUGGCAUUCAACCUGAGCCUAGCCUGGCAUUCACUCACCGCCUCCGUGUCUGUGUCCCUGCGCACACGCAUGGGCAUGCACACCUAUCAUUCAUUAUUACAUUGUAUUAUUAUUGCGUUGAGAAACGAGACGCUAUGCAGAGCAGCUGCAAUAGGUAGUAGAUGUCACUUUAAAAAAAAGUUAUCCUCCCCUUCCUGCUCACACAGGCUUCUUGGCACUAAUAAUAUGUAUCUUGAGAGCCCAAUUGUUGGCUAUCAUCUUCGAAUGUCAACAAAAAGCCUUUUUUUGGCCUUUCUCUGCACUAGACAAGGUGAUCCAUACUAUGGUAGGCAUAUGUCAUGAGAGGGGUGUGUCGUGUCUGUUUACCUGCGAAGCUACAUUUGUUUGUUCUCGCACUGAAUCGUAUGCUGUGUAACUACCCUGAAUUGCAUGCAGUUGGCAUGUUUUCCAUCUUCA